AAAAAACAGAAAGCAAAACCCUGGUGAUGGUGAUCGGUGGAAUCUGGAGAGGCCAAAACUCUCGUCUUGGCUCUCGACGAUCAACAAGGGAACCAGAUCCAAGUAGCGAUCUCUUCACGAUUGAAUGAGUAGGCCGGUGCCGAGGAGGGAGAGCCCAUGGGGGUUGCCGGAGGGUGACACAAGGCAGCCUCAACCUCAUCGGUGCAAUGACCGGGCUGAGGAUGUCAUUCAGGCUUGUUUUGAAGGAAAUCCAUUUAAAACAGUCCCAGGCCCUUUCAAACUCUUUUGGCGAUGCAUGCGUUCCAAGCCAGGGGAAGAGCCAACGGAACCUUUCUAUUACUUGGAGCUGGAGCCGCCAAUAAGGCAAGAGGUCAAACUUGAAUAGCCGAGGAAGAGGAAAAUUUCAUGAAUAAGCGGGCUAGUUUUUAGUGUGGUCUCAGCUGUUGAUCUAUGUUCAUAGUCACAACUUUGAGCAAUGCUUUUGUGUUAGUAUCUGUCAAAACAUUCCUGAAAGAACACCAAUUCUGAUUAGUACUGUUCAACAAAAGGGAAAAAAAAAGAAUCUGGGCUCUUUACUGCAUGCACUUUUUUGCCAA